AUGGUGACCGGUCGUGUCAACCGUCAAAUUGCGCGCCAAUGUGCUCGCUCUUUCGCAACAGCCACUCCUCCCGCUCAUCCUGAGCCCGCACAACCCGAGCCAAAUACCCAUUUCCGCAUAACUCUCCGCCGAUCCGCUAUCGGCCUCCCAUCUCGCAUCAAAGGCACUCUUGUCGCGCUUGGUCUCCACAGGAGAAUGCAUACCGUGUAUCAUAAACAUUGCCCAGACAUUGCGGGCAAAAUUCUCGCCGUGAAGGAAUUGGUGCAAGUGGAGAACGUCCCUGCGUCUGCGGUGAGGACGAAGACGGAGCAGAGGCGGGAGAGGAGAGCACCUCGUGGAUAUUCGAUAGUGGGGUCGAAGCUCCAGGAUGCAGACCUGUAA